AAAGCGCUGGACCCUCCGAGAAAACCUCACUGGAAGUGACUUCGUCUCGACUCUCGAGGUCUCUGUCUCUCUCUAACAGUGAAGUCGCCAGUCCAUCUGGAAAUAGAAAACUGAAGCACACUGUACACUAAUUUCCAUUGUCCAAGGAGAUCACGCAAGAAGAAAGACAAAAACUGAGAGCCCCUAAAUUCCUCUUCCAUUUUCCAUUUUCCAUUUUCCAUUUUCCAGUCAAUAAAUAGCUUCUGCUCCAGCUAAGGAUGGUGGUUUAUGGUUUGUUUGGAUUUUGAGGUUUGGGGGUUUUUGAUGGAUCCGCCGGCGAUGAUGGGUGACGGAGCAUUCAAUUUGGCUGAGAUCUGGCCGUCCCCGGUGAAUGAAUCUGGGAUGAGCAGGGGUCACUUUGGAGACCCGAAUCGAGAAGUUUCGGGUAAUGAUCCGCUGAGUUUGGAGCAGCGCGGUGGAGUCAGGAGGCGCCGUGAUGCGGAGGAUGAGGCGGCUAAGGUCGUGUCCACUAGCGGUGGCAAUGUCGUGAAUGAUGGUGAUGGGAAAAGGCUAAAAACAUCAGGAUGUAUGGAUGUGAAUCAGGAAUCAAAAGUUGAAGCAGAACACGGUUCAGGCAAGCCUGUGGAACAAAAAGCUCAACCACCUGAGCCACCUAAACAGGAUUACAUCCAUGUGCGAGCGAGAAGGGGUCAAGCUACUGAUAGCCAUAGUUUGGCAGAAAGAGCCAGGAGAGAAAAGAUCAGCGAAAGGAUGAAAAUUCUUCAGGAUUUGGUCCCUGGUUGCAAUAAGGUUAUUGGCAAAGCACUUGUUCUUGAUGAGAUAAUUAAUUACAUCCAGUCACUACAGCAUCAGGUUGAGUUCCUGUCUAUGAAGCUUGAAGCAGUCAAUUCAGGAAUGAAUCCAGCCAUCGAGUAUGGCCAACAAACGUUUGACACUGGCAUGGCAUAUGGUUCACAAGCAACAAGGGACUACAGCCCCAGUGCUUCACCAGAGUGGUUGCAGAAGCAGGUUGGUGGUGGUUUUGAAAGAAUAUAAUCUACAAAUAUCCUAUAUGAAUUGACAAUAAGAUAAUUUGAGUAGCAAUAAUGCUUCCUCCUUCAGUUUCUGUUAAGAAAACGUAUACCCCUUUAUGUUAAAAUCAAAGAGACACUACCAUAGUUACAUUUUUCAACAUCAGGCUUGGAUCUGCCAUUUGUUGUGUGUUGGAAAGUGAAUUCUUACAGCAUAUAUCCCAUUGCAGGCUUCUGAUGUCUGCUCUGUAGUCUGUACUAGUACCGAAUGGAUUCGCAUAGAAUGAUUAUUGUGCUUGUACAAGAAUUUUGCUUGUUAAGAAGUUAUAAACCGUACAUGAGGUGAUGUUAGUGUCAUACUCUCAGCUGCUAAUGUCAUAUGUCUUUAUUUUAAUUAAUUAUUAUAUUUUUUAAUUUAUUAAAAAACAAAAAAUGUAAAAUUUUUUUUUAAAAAUAUGUAAAGGUAUAAUAAAAAAUUAUAUUAACA